UGUGUUUAGGAAUUGAUGUCCCCAAAUUUCAGAUUUAUUAUUCACUCACAGAUUCUGGAUGUGGAUCGCAUGUUAGCCAAAAGUGACCCAGAUGCUGUCGAGCUACACCCAGAUGCAGUAGUUGGCCAUCCAGUUAUUCGUACUCUUUAUGACCAUUUGGAUGAAAUCACGUGCCUGGAGUUCCAUCCAAGGGAGCAAAUUCUCAUCUCAGGAAGUAGAGACACAAAUGUCAAAAUGUUUGAUUUUAGUAAAACAUCUGCUAAGAAAGCUUUUAAGACUUUGACAGAUGCUGAGCAAGUAACAAGCAUGUCAAUACAUCCUAGUGGAGACUUCCUUGCUGUUGCUACAGAGGGAGCAGUAGUUAGGUUCUAUGACAUCAACUCGGGUCAGUGUUAUGUGUGCCCUUACCCUCGUGAGCACCACACCGGACCACUUACAUCUGUACGAUACUCAGCAGAUGCCCGAGUCUGUACAUCAGCUUCCAAAGACGGAGAUGUAAAGGUGAGUAUUUUGUUAGCAGUACUGUAUUGCAUAAUUGUAUCUUACUGUAAUGUGUAGGAUUAGGUAAGUGGAAUAAUCAUAUUUUUGCAUAU